AAUGAGCAUGGGCAGGGCUGGCAGAUAAACUCUCAGAACGGUAAAGGGUCAGCCCAGUAGCAGUUGACAACAGUUGAGUUCAGUCUGCAAUGUCCACCGACACCUGUCCACCACUUUGUGGAGAAAUGAAGCUCUUUCUCACCGCUGCCUUCUUCUGGGUCAUUGUGGCAACCACCUGCGUCUCAGCCACGAAUGGGCCUGUUUUGAGCUGCUGCCUCACCAUCUCAGAUACCAAAGUCCACCCAAAAAACAUAGUGAAUUACACUGUCCAGAGGAUGGGACCCUGUCCUGUAGAAGCAGUUGUGUUCCAGACAUGUAGGAGGAAGACAGUCUGCUCUGAUCCUGGAAAGGACUGGGUUAAAAGGGUCAAGGGAAAGGUGGACAAGGAGAAGGAGAAGAGGAAGAGACAACCAAGCUGCCGAAAACAGAGGAGGAGACAGAGGGUCAGGCCAAAGAGGGUGGGCUGAAUAUCUUGAGGGAUUGAUGGAGAGAGCAGGCAAAGAGCUUUGCUAAUAUGAUUUCUGAUGCAGAAUGUGAAAUAUGCUCACUAUAUAUCUUUCCGCUGCUGUAAUGCCACACCUUUAGGCACAAUUCCUGGGCUAAGUAAUCAAAUUAUUUCAUUUGAUUAAUUUUAACAUUGAAUCAUGUAUUCUUCCCAAGCUGUCAGAGUAGUAGUAGGUAGUACACUGGUAUGGGUGGGGCAUAAGGCAAACUUAUGCAGUGUCUGCUUAGAUAAAACAUAAAUCUGUUGUUACUGAAUAAAUGUUGUGAGGGGAUUUUGAAUAA